AUGGCGAAUAAAGAAGAGUACGACUUGAUAACAGGUGGAGCCGUAAAACGAUUUAACCGUAUGGGUAUCAUGCAUUUGAAAGCAAAGAUUGAACGGCAUCUGUAUGCUAAGAGAGUUUUGACCUGGUUGAGGAUUUUGAUCAAACAUCUGGUAAGCAUAGUCAAGAAAGUAGCCGUUGAGAAACGAAAUGGCGGGAAAUUCACAAACAACGUCUUACCAAAGGAGAUAGAUAUUGUUACCGUUUCGCGCUUCCGAUAA